UUCACCAAAAAUAUGAUAAAAAGUUAUCUUCUAAAAAAUCAUUCCAUGUCAUCAUAUCCCUUGAUCCAUAGCAAAGUUCUUCUUAAAAAUCAUUCUAUUGUUACAAAUAUAAGAAACUGUUAAAACCGUUAACAAGAUUCAUAUCUGUUAUUCAAAAACAAUGAGAGAAGGAGGAAGAAGGCUUUCGGAUCCAAACUUUUCAUUCCACUUUUCCGACACGGAUGGAGAAAUCAGCGACCGUCAUAGCGACUUCUCUGGUAACGAACCCGUGGGCUCUCCAAUGAUGAAGUCACCGUGGAACCCGGGUACACCAUGGACCAUGGCUAGCCUGGAUGAGGACUCAAGUUGUCCCAAGAACACGCUCGUAGGCUCGUUGGUGAGGGAAGAAGGGCAUAUAUAUUCCCUUGCAGCCUCGGGUGACCUCCUUUACACGGGAUCCGACAGCAAGAAUAUUCGUGUAUGGAAAAACAUGCAGGAGUUUUCGGCCUUCAAAUCCAAUAGUGGAUUAGUGAAGGCCAUUAUAGUAUCCGGAGAAAAGAUUUUCACCGGACAUCAUGAUGGUAGGGUUCGGGUUUGGAAAGCUAGCUCCAAGAACCCGAGCCAUUACCAUCGGGUAGGUACAUUCCCAUCUGUCUUUGGCGUCUUUGGUGUCUCAAUAAGGCCGAUUCAUCGGAAACAUACCGCGGUUUGGAUCAAACACUCCGACGUCAUUUCGUGCCUUAGUUUAGAUCAAGAAGUUGGUUUGCUUUAUUCGGGUUCAUGGGAUAGGACGUUUAAAGUAUGGAAAAUGUCAACCUCGAAAUGUGUCGAAUCGGUAAAGGCUCAUGAUGAUGCGGUUAACUCGGUCAUCUCGACAGUUGAAGGGUUUGUGUUCACUGGGUCCGCAGAUGGGUCGGUCAAGGUCUGGAAACGAGAAGGGAAAGGAAGAAAAUCAUUAAAGCAUAUCUACGUGAAGACGUUAUUGAAUCAAGAAAGUGCGGUAACCGCUUUAACAGUGUCGAAAAACGGAUCGUUUGUGUACAGCGGGACGUCAGAUGGAAUAGUAAAUUUUUGGGAGAGAGAAAACCAGCUAGCGCACGGUGGUUUGCUUAAUGGGCACAAGUUAGCGGUUCUAUGUCUUUCGGCUGCUGGAAGUUUGGUGUUUAGUGGGUCCGCUGACAAAAUGAUAUGUGUGUGGAAAAGGGAAGGGCUUAUCCACACAUGUAUGUCGGUACUCACCGGCCAUUCUGGGCCGGUGAAGUGUCUGGCGGUGGUCAGGGAGAUGGAGUCGACCACUGCCAGAAGAUGGAAGGUAUAUAGUGGGAGUUUGGACAAAUCAAUCAAAGUUUGGAGUGUGUCGGAAUUGGCCCCAGUCAUGCAACAAAUGACUGUUGUGCAGAAUGGAAGUCAAGUACGGUCGGCCAAAUAUUGAUUGUUCUUGUUUGUUUUGUUCAAGGGGCUUAUUUUGUGAUCUACUGCCUUGUGUAUAUGUGUGCUUCCGGUUGUAAUUUCUUCCUGUACAAUUGUUGGUUUCAAAUUUUUCGUUUUCAUGUAUAUUUCAUGAUUGUACCAAAAAGAAGUAACUUGAUAUGAUGGAGACCGAGUUGCACUA